CAAUAUUAGAAUAAUUUCUUAACUGUUGUUUACCUUGAAUUAAACCAUUAAAAUUUUGAUAAUUACAAAUGAUAAUAAGAUUAGAUUUUACGUAAUUAAAAUUAUAGUGAUUAUGGAAUUUAAGUAAAAACUCGUUUAUUUAUAAAAAAAAAUGUCUGUAGUACUUAAAAUUCGUAUAUUUAUAUUUAUUUAAAGUGAAUAUGAGAUAAAUAUGGACUUGAUUCAGGAAUGUAGUGAAUUUAUAAGAGAUUCAAUAGUUGUUUAUAUAGAUAUAGAUUAUUCGUUGUGGUUGACAUGGGUAUUAGGGCCGUUGAUAAUUACGUUUCUUUUACCAGCUGUGAUUGCUCUAUUGCUCUAUUUAAGCGCUUUUUUGCUCUAUAUUUAUAAGUUACAUUGGACGAAUAUAAAAACAACUUUACGUACUGGCGAUAAAUGGGAAGCCGCUAGGAAAUCGGUGGGGGCCCUUUGGGACGCUCACGGGUGGAUUUGGCACGGUUACGAGGUGAAGGGAUUGGAAAAUAUACCGGAUACAGGACCGGCUUUGAUAAUAUAUUAUCACGGAGCUAUACCGGUCGAUAUUUAUUAUUUUUUAGUAAAAAUAAUAUUUAAUAAAAAUCGAUUGGUGCAUACGGUGGCCGAUCAUUUUUUGUUCAAGGUACCAGGUUUCAGUAUAAUCGCGGAUUGUAUGAAAGUUAUACCGGGUACGGUCCAAACGUGCGCGAACGUGUUAAAAGAGGGAAAUUUAUUGGCGAUAUCCCCAGGGGGGGUGUACGAAGCCCAGUUCAGCCACAAUUACAAUUUGAUGUGGAAACGUCGUUUGGGGUUCGCGAAAGUCGCUCUGGAAGCCAAAGUUCCUAUUAUACCGAUGUUUACGGAAAAUUUGAGAGAGGCUUUUAGAACUGUGAGUUUCGGGAAGAGGUUGUUUCUUCGUAUAUACGCUUUAUUUAAAUUGCCUUUGGCGCCUGUUUAUGGGGGGUUUCCCGUUAAGAUGGUCACCCAUUUGGGAAAACCCAUUCCGUACGACAAAAACUUGACGCCCGAGGAAUUGCAGUGUAAAGUCGCAACUGCCAUCGAAGAUCUCAUCAAUGAUCAUCAACGAAUACCUGGAAAUAUACUGUACGCUUUAUUCGAACGUAUACCAAUAUUUCGAAAAUACAAAGAAAAUUCUAAUUGAAACACUUCUACUCGUAUAAUUGUGUGUUUAUUAAUUUUACAUUCCGAUUUUGGAUAAACUUAACGAGAAAAAAAAUAAAAAUUGUAAAAAAGAAGUUUCAUUUUUCCCAUACACCUCGAUUCCCUUACGUUUUUACUAGAAAAUCUUAGAACGACCCUCGUAUACAUAAUUUUGGUGAAAAAGAAGCAGAAUGAUGUUGAUAAACCGAUAUGCCUAAUGAAUUGGAAGUAAAUGAAAUCAUUCGAACUAGAAAAUCUUUGAAAGGUCCUCGUAUACACACUUUUGGUAAAAAAGAAGCAGAUUUAGGUUAUGUCAAUGUGCCGAAUGAUCGUUACGUGAUUUGUGUGGUUUUGUUUUGAAAAUUCGAUGUAGUGUAAAAGUAUGUCGUCCAGAAAAUGUUAUUUCUUCAACAAGAACAACAACGUGAAAAUUUAUUUGCCUCACAACGUGAAAACAACACUGGGACGCAGCGUUGAAACGAAAAUCGAAGACAAAUUCGUCUCGAAACAACAAAUCGAAUGUUUGGCCGAUUUGGAGAAUUGCACGGUGAAAAUCAAACCGAUAGGAAAAGCGAUAUCGGGAGUGGACGGGUACGCGAUCGUUAAAGGUAAAACUUACACAUUAGGACCCGGACACGUGGUGGAAUUUCGUUUGGGGGCCCAUUUUUUCGAAAUAAAUUUCGAUUGCCCCGAUACGAAAAAACACGAACACGUAACCAAAAAACAAAAAUUAGACUUCGAAACCAAAGAAAGCGAUAAAUGGGAAAUCAUCGAUAAUAAAGGAUUACUAAUUUACACCCCACAACAUAUACAGGGUCGUCAAAAAAUAGCCGCGUUCGACAUCGACGGUACCAUCAUAAAAACCAAAUCCGGUGCUAAAUUUCCGAAAGAUUUCGACGAUUGGGUACUGAAUUAUAAUGAUAUACCUCAAAAAUUACAAAUUUUAUACGAGGGAGGGUACAAAAUAACCUUUUUCACCAACCAAGCAGGUAUCGGUAAAGAUACGACCAAAAUAAAAAAUUUCAAAACGAAAAUGGAAAAUUUGGUCAAGAAAUUAUCGAUUCCUGUACAAAUAUUCGUCGCUUUAGGUAAAACCAAAUACAGAAAACCGAUACCGGGGAUGUGGGAUAAGUUGGUACAAGAAAAAAACGAUAAAAUCGAUGUCGAUUUAAAAGAAUCGUUUUACGUUGGAGACGCCGCUGGGAGGGAGAAAAAUUGGUCUCCGAAGAAACCUAAAGAUCAUUCAAACGCCGAUAGAUUGUUCGCUUUGAAUAUCGGUUUGAAAUUCUACACCCCCGAGGAGUAUUUCAUGAAAACCAAACCAGCACCCUUCCGAAUGCCUGAUUUCGAUCCGAGAAGUAUACAGAGUGAUACCGCCACAGUUUUCGACUUGAAUUUCGACUCCCCCAAUGUGAUUCUGUUAGUAGGGGGUCCGGGUUCGGGGAAAAGUCACUUCUGCAAGACGUUUCUCAUCCCCAAGGGCUACGUCCACAUAAAUCGAGAUACCCUAGGUUCCUGGCAGAAGUGCGUCAAACUCCUGGAGGAAUCAUUGAAGGACAAGAAGAACUGCGCGGUGGAUAACACGAACGUGGAUAGGGAGAGCAGGAAACGGUACUUGGAGGUCGCUGAGAAGUUCAAAGUGCAUUGUUUUUGUGUAGUUAUGGGGACUUCUUAUCAACAUUGUAAACACAAUUUGAAAUUCAGGGAAUUGACGGAUGAAAUUCACGAACCCGUCAAUGAGAUGGUACUCAACACGUUGAAGAAGAAUUUCGAGGUACCGGCGUUGGAGGAGGGGUUCAAACGAAUUGUGGAAGUGCCCUUUGUACCCAACUUCGUCAAUGAUGAAAUGGAGAAGAUUUAUAAGAUGUUUUUAUUGGAAAAAUGAUGGGGAGAAUCUUUUUAGGGGUGUUUUCGUUGGAUAAAUGAUGGGGAGAAUCGUUUUAGAGGCGUUCUCACUGGAUAAAUAAUGGGGAGAAUUUUCUCUUGCUGUUUUUGUUGAAGAAAUGCUAUGGAGAAUGGUUGUAAGGGCGUUUUCGUUGGAUAAAUAAAGAGGAGAAUCGUUUUAGGGUUGUUUUUCUUUGGAUAAAUAAUGGGGAGAAUUUUCUUUGUGCUGUUUUUGUUGGAGAAAUGAUGGGGAGAAUCGUUCUAGGGGUGUUAUCGUUGGAUAAAUAAUGGGGAGAAUCGUUUUAGUGGUAUUUUUCUUUGGAUAACUGUUCUCAUUGUAGGAGAAAUGAUGGGAGAAUUUUUUGGGGUAUUUUUGUUGAGUAAAUGAUGGGGAAAAUUUUUUUGAAAUGUUUUUGUUGAUGACAUGUUCGGGAGGAAUAUUUUUCGGGGGAUAAUUAAAAUAUACGAGUUGGUUUUGAUGAUUUAUUUAAAAAAAUUAACACCAUGUACAAAUUUUUUUAUAUAUAAUUUAAAUCGAGAAUAAUUGAGGAUGUUAUGCUAUAGGGGGGAGAUUCAAAUGUUCUCUUUUCUACCGAUACAUAAAUAAAUGUGAAAAAACAAAUAUUUUGAACGUUUAAUAUGAAGUUUUUUUGUUAUUUUUGUAUUUUUUUGUUUAUUGUGAAUAAAAAUUGAAAUCGU